AUGGCUGAGAGUCUUGCCGAUCUGACAGCUGCUAUCAAUGGAGCCCUGUUAAAGAUAUCUCCAACUGACGAUAUUCCGGACCCGACGCGGUUCCAGCUCCUCGACGCAUUGGAAAAACUGCGUGGGGCCGUCGAAUCACCUAUCCAGUGGCUUCUGAACAUGUGCUGGGCGCCCAUUCCGAGCUUGCCCCAGGCCCAUCCCCUAGUUACGAUCCGAAUUGCGAUUGGGAUGGGAGUUUUUGAUGCGUUUGCUGCUGCCGGCGGUGCUGAGUUGACUGUUGACGAGUUGAACGAAAAGACCAAGGGCGAUAAAGACCUGCUGGUGCGGAUCAUGCGGCUCCUGAGCGCCAAUCGCCUCUUCAGCGAAACUGGAGUUGACAAAUACCAACCUCAGGCCUUAGCGCUAGGGUUUGCGACUGGCACUCCGCCUUGUGAGGUGAUCAAAAACUUCCAUAUGAUCUUACGGGCCACGGCGCAUAGCCACGAAUUCUUAGAAGCAAGAGGGUACCAGAACCCGGAUAACGCCUACGAUACCCCGUUCCAGAGGGCGUACGAUACCAAAUUGCACCACUUUGAGUGGCUGGCGCAGCACCCGGACGAGCAGCAUGCCUUUAAUAUGGUGAUGGAGACCGGCAACCGGGCGGUGGAGGGCGAGCAGUGGUACGACAUCUACCCCUGGGAGGAGCGACUGGCUAGUGACACAGACCGUGUGCUGCUGGUUGAUAUUGGUGGUGGUAAGGGUCAUGAUCUUAUGCGCUUUAAGGAGAAGAAGAAUCCCACCGGCCGCCUAGUUGUACAGGAUCUGCCUGAGGUUAUCCGUGAUAUCCAGGCCCCGCUUGCCCAGGGUAUUGAGACCCAGAGUUACAGCAUGUUCGACCCACAGCCCAUCCGCGGCGCCAAGGCCUACUAUAUGCGCACUGUGCUGCAUGAUUGGCCUGACAGGCAGGCCCUGCAGGCCCUGCAGCGCAUCCGGGAGGCGAUGGCUGAAGAUUCCGUGCUGUUGAUCAACGAGAAUACUAUUCCCGAGAUCAGCGUUCCCCGAUUCAAUGCCAGCGUCGAUCUCAUCAUGAUGACCAUGUUCUCGUCCCUGGAGCGUACAGAAAAGCAGUGGCUGAGUCUUCUGGAGCGCGCCCAUUUCAAGGUCGUCAAGGUAUGGCGGGCGGAUAACCAGGGGGUUGGAUCUAAUGCCUUGUUUGAGGCUGUUCCGUCUAAAUAG